GCGCGCCGCCUGGGGCGCGGCUGUCGGUGCCCUGCGCUUGGCUGCCCUGGACCCCGUUGCGCUCCCGGCUCUCUCCGCGCCCCAGACCUGGUUAUUCAAAAGUGGAUUGUUUUGAAAAUAAAGUACCCUGUGAAGACAUCAGAGGGAUUCACUCCUGUCAUCUUAAGUCUCUGAAGGCAGAGCUGAAAGUUUUCCUGGGAAGUUCACCCUCCCGCAGUGAAACCUUGACUCCCAGGAUGAUCCUGUCUAACGCCACGGCUGUGACACCCUUGCUGACCAAGCUGUGGCAGGGGACAGUUCAACCGGGCAACAACACAUCCAACCUGGCCCGCAGGUCCCUGGGCCAUGAUGACGGCAAGCUGGCGGCACUGUACAUCCUCAUGGUGCUUGGCUUUUUCGGCUUCUUCACCCUGGGCAUCAUGCUAAGUUACAUCCGCUCCAAGAAACUGGAGCACUCCCAUGACCCGUACAAUGUGUACAUCGAGUCUGACACCUGGCAGGGGCAGGACAAGGCGUACUUCCAGGCCCGGAUUCUGGAGAGCUGCAGGGCGUGUUAUGUCAUUGAAAACCAGCUGGCUGUAGAACGACCCACUGCAUACCUUCCUGAGAUGAAGCUGUCAUCCUGACCCCGAGACUGGUCAGAAUUGGACAAAGCCUCCCUGAUGAUCUGAUUUUUCCAAUUACAUGUUCCUUAUAUUCUUUCCUGCAUGAGUAUAAUUCGGUUUUUUUUUUCUAUCAUAAGGGGUGAAAGGUGGAUUAGUAACACUAUAUUUCUAAAAUCACUUUCCUUCUAUAAUAGGCUGUGAGCCGCUCCCCAGUAUGUGUGCCUGCCUUGUUAAUUUCAGCAAAAUCCCUGAGAUCACGGUCUCUGAGAAUAACAGCUGUCUUUCCCUGACUUCCUUGCAGCUAGCAAGGUCCUGUGUAUGAAGUUAUGGUCAGUUGA